AAUCAGUGGAAAUACUGCCUUUGCUGUGUAACCACGGCAACUCCUCCCUCAAAAUGCAACAUCACCAAAGCCCACACCGCGUGAAGCGAGCAGGGAAGGAUGCGCCGUUUGCCGCUUACCUGGCUUUAUUAAUAAACCGAGCGGUUCACGUGGUCAGCGCAGCCCAGCAUAAUAUUCUGCUACAUUAGCAAGGUAUUUUCGACCGGGUGUUUUUUUUUUUCUUCCUCCUCUCAUCCGAGACGGGAGGGAUGCUGCUGCUGCUGCUGCUGCUGCUGUGAGGGAGAGAGGUGAGCGCAGUUGGAAAAGCAUUUUUUUCCUCCUCUCCAAAGCUCCUCCUCUGUCGUCGGAGAGCGGAGACCGGUCACAUUUUUUGCUCAAUGAGAGCAAGAGGGCACCGGAGAGGAUUUCCUAAUUUCAACGUGCUGCUGUGCCGUGCGGCUGUUUUCUCGCCUCUGUCAAAGAGGCUAAUAUGAAGACAUCAUUUGGCAAACCAGACCCUGGAAAGCACCCACAGUCCUUUCAACUGAUUUGAAACUGAAAACAAGCACCAUGCAGUGUCUCCGGUAAAACCUGCUCCCCACUCUCCCCUCUACCUACCCAGCCAUUGAGAGUGAGGACACCACGAGCUGCACAGACAUGGGUUCAGAUCAGCCCUGCAUGGAUUCACCAGAGAGAAGGCCCAUGGUGGGUGCUGCCUGUAAGCGGCAGGCCUACCGGUGUCUGCGGAGAAAGCUGAGGCCCGUGCGAAUCUUAGGGUUCGUCCUCAGCCUGGUGGCCAUAAGUGCUGUCUCCCUCAGUGCCUUGACCUGGAGUUCAGGGGGCUUCAGCGAGCCAGUGCUCCCCCAGGAGAGUCUCCACCAGUCGGCCCCCCACCGGACUCUACUUUUCACCCAACACCAGAGGGACCCUAACGUGUCAGCCGACAUGCCAAUAGCCAUGAAAUCUACAGCAGAUAGCAACGACAGCCAGGGGGAGUACCCGCCAGACAUUUUCACCCUUGAGGAGAGGCGCCAAGGAGCAGUGCUCCUCCACAUGUUUGGCAUGAUCUACAUGUUCAUUGCCUUAGCCAUAGUGUGCGACGAGUUCUUCGUCCCAGCGCUGACCGUCAUCACGGAGAAGCUGUCCAUUUCGGAUGACGUAGCAGGUGCCACCUUCAUGGCGGCAGGCGGCUCAGCCCCAGAGCUCUUCACCUCCAUCAUCGGUGUCUUCAUCUCACACAGCAACGUGGGCAUCGGGACCAUCGUGGGCUCGGCCGUCUUCAACAUCCUCUUCGUGAUUGGGAUGUGUGCCAUCUUCUCUAAGGAGAUCCUCAACUUAACAUGGUGGCCGCUCUUCCGCGACGUCUCCUUCUACAUCCUGGAUCUGAUCAUGCUCAUAAUCUUCUUCCUGGAUAACUUCAUCUCCGUGUGGGAAAGUGUCGCCCUGCUCUCAGCCUACGCCACCUACGUGAUCUUCAUGAAGUGCAACAGCAGAGUCGAGAGCUUCGUCAAAAAUUGCAUGAGCAAGAACCAAGUGGUAGAAGUAGAAGUACAACCCAAGGAUGAGAAGGCAAGUCCUGGGGCGCCGGAGGAUGACGGCAAGUUGUCGGCCAGGCCUCGGCUUCAGAGGGGGGGUAGCUCCGCCUCCCUGCACAACAGCUUGAUGAGGAACAGCAUUUUCCAGCUGAUGAUUCACACGUUGGACCCUUUAAGUGAAGAAUUUGCUGACUCUGAGCUUGGGACUUAUGGGAAACUAAAAUAUUAUCACUCAAUGACUGAGGAAGGGAAAUUCCGAGAGAAGGCAUCCAUCCUUCACAAGAUCGCUAAAAAGAAAUGCCAAGUGGAGGACAGCGAGAAGGCCAAUGGAGUGGCAAGCCGUUCAGAUAAGAACCUUCCAAACAGCUCCAGCGUGGAAGUGGAAGUGACACCACCCAUGAACGGAACAGCAGGUCAAGAGGGGGAGACGGCGGAGGAUGAGGAGGAGGAGGACCAGCCUCUGAGCCUGUCCUGGCCCGAGUCCAACCGCAAGCGCUUCACCUACCUCUUAAUCAUGCCUAUUGUCCUUCCCCUGUGGCUGACGCUGCCUGACGUCAGAAAGACGGCAUCAAAAAAGUUCUUCCCCAUCACCUUCCUGGGUGCCAUCGCCUGGAUUGCGGGCUUCUCCUACCUAAUGGUGUGGUGGGCUCACCAGGUUGGAGAGACCAUUGGGAUUACAGAGGAGAUUAUGGGCCUGACUAUAUUAGCAGCUGGAACCUCCAUCCCUGACCUCAUCACCAGUGUUAUUGUGGCACGCAAGGGGCUGGGGGAUAUGGCUGUAUCCAGCUCCGUAGGCUCCAACAUCUUCGACAUUACUGUUGGACUGCCGUUCCCCUGGCUCUUGUGGUCCCUUUUCAGGAACCUGCAACCGGUGCAAGUCAGCUCCAAUGGUCUCUUCUGUGCCAUCGUGCUCCUCUUCAUCAUGCUCCUCUUCGUCAUCAUCUCCAUCGCCGCCUGCAAGUGGCGCAUGAGCAAGCUGCUGGGUUUCAUCAUGUUCAUGCUGUAUUUCGUCUUCCUGGUGGUCAGCGUCAUGCUGGAGGACAAGGUCAUAACCUGCCCGGUGUCCGUCUGAGGACCUUCGAGGACCCACUUCCAAAUCCCUCAUCACCACCACAACCACCACCACCGACACGACCAUCCUUCUUGUCUGCCAUCGCUCUCACCUGACCCUUGUGAUCCUUUACCCCAGGAAUAAAAGAAGAAGAAGGACGACUGGACAAGAAAAUAUAAAAAAUAUGAAAAAAUAUGGGCUCUACAUAUUUUUAGUUAAUAGGUGGUGGCAGGGAGGGGUGACACCAACAAGGGCACAAGACUUUGGCUUGGCUGGUUUAGCAUAGGCCUAACUUGAGUGGAUUUUUAUUUAUUAUUAUAAUUAUUAUUAUUUAAUUGGCAGGUGGGGGGGAGUUUAUAGGUGUAUCAGCCAAAUAUAGAAGCAUUAUACAUGCCAUUAGUGUCACUAGACAAGCUGGAAUCAAGACCACGCCUGGUAGGUUGAGGAGAAUGACCUCCUGUGAACUUUGGGGAAGAAAACGAGAUGCACUGUAUAAAACUCUUGAUAAUAAAUGCAGUGGCUGAGCUGAAAUUAUGAGAAUAUUUGAACACAAAAGACGCUGUAGCCAAGAGUGAAUAGGAGUUUGUGGAUGAGGAAAUGGCAGACUGUGUGGGUGAAAUGUGUUUCCCGUCUGAUGGUAUCGAGCGAAAAGACUCUGAGCAACCUGAGCAACAAGGGAUGAAACACUCUCGCCGGGCAGACGAACUUCUUCUUUGUUAUUUCUUAUUUGCAAAUUCAUCACGCGCUCAGUCUGAAUGACGAGUUUAAGCUUCCCCUCUCCCCUGCCGGAUGUCAUUUUUCACCACUGAAUGUUUCUUCAGAGGAUUUUUUUUUUUUUUUUUUUAAAUGUUUGGAUUCAUUUUCAUGAAAUACAUAGAUGUAGCCUUAGAUGUACUGUAGCAGUAUUAGUUCAUGUAGAGCCAUCUCGACAAUCUGCUCCUCUUUUACCAAUGAACACACGUUCUGAUUGUACAGAACUUUUCAUGCUUCACACGCACCGACUGACAAAGGCAAGAGAGAAAAAAAAAGCGCCUAACUGAAGUUUAGCCUCUCAAAAUAUACGCUAGCCUUCAAUAUCUUUCACUGGUUGGGGAAAAAAAAGGCAUGAGUACUUUAGGCUCAUUAAAGUUCCGUAAUGAAGUCAAUGUCAAAAUAAUGCAUUUGAAAAAAUAACUUAACAGUGUUUAAGCGUCAUGGUUGAUUUAGAUUAGUCAAUGUGUAGUGCUUUGUUCACAGUAGAACUGGGCUCAACUCACCGGCUAGUCAAGCUCCUGGGGUCGUAGUUUCAAGGAGUCAACUGCAUGUAAAAAAUAGACACUUGGAGGUGAAUAAUACCAAUCGACAUUUAAGAAGUUGUAUACCAAAAUGUACACUUUUUCAAACAUGUUUCAUAACUUCUUAAUGCAAACCAGUGCUCAGUCUCUAUGUAGAAAGUGUCAAGAUGUAUGGUCAAUGAUAUCUAUCAAACUUGUGCAAUUUCUUUUCUAAUCAAAGGUGCUUUUGUGUGCAUGUGUGCAAUCUGCAUUUGAAGUCAUCACACAAUGACCAUUCCUUAUAUUUAUCUAUGACUAGAGGUUAUACUACCAGUAUUUUGCAACUAAUUGCAAAAAAAAAAAAAAAAAAUACACCAAACUGUGUUUUAUACUGGAGAUAGAAAUCAUAAUCACAACUUCUCCUUAAGCUACAUAGAAUGUGGAAAUCACAAAUUUAACAGCAAUAUACCGUGUGUGUCGUCGUCGAGAAUCGCAUCCCCCUCCAUACGUCUGUCCUUCGCUGUCCUUCCUGUCCGACGUGCCCCCCCCCCCCCCCCCCCCCCCCCCCCCCCCCCCCCCCCCCCCCCCCCCCCCCCCCCCCCCCCCCCCCCCCCACACCCACACCCCACAAGAAAAGAAGUGGGCGACCAUUUCUCCGUAACCCCUUCCUGUUAGAGCUGGCCAGAAACACCCGCUUUACCUCAACACAGCCUCUGUACAGCAGCGUAGUAACUGUAAAAUAAUAGUAAAUAGAUUCUCUGAAUGUGUGAGGAAAAAUGCAUGCGAGGAUUAUGGGCUGGUUACCCACUGACUGUACAGCUGAGCUUAGACCAACUAUAUAUGUUCACUUUUAUGCAUCCAUUCAGAAAAACAAACACCAAGAAUUUAUAGGUUUUACUUUGUAAAUAUACACUCCUUUUUUUGCAAGAACCAGAUGGUUCACACAUGUAUUUUAUUUAUUUUCUUUUUUUGUAAAAGUGGAUGGGAAUGAUGAUGAUACGCCGAAGGCCCUUUAGUAUCAUGGUAUUAUUGAGCAAAAAGAAAACUCAAGAGCAUUUAUUUUUAGACGACUCAACAUCUCGUUAACAUACUUUACUCUAUAAACAGGCCCGUUCAGGUUCUGGUAAGAAAAUGAGGGUUUUAAACACCACAUUGUUUCUUUGACUUCAACAAGAGAAGGAGUUAUCGAUGCUGCCACUGUUUUCUGACGUUUGGCAAAGAUUGCUAAUGCACAGGUCAAAGAAAACAACGAUCCCCACAUCAACCAAACUCAUAUGUUAAACUGUAACUGUGCGGUGUGCUCGCAUGUAGUACAUCUCCUUGAACAUUUCCACAACCCAGAGAUUCAAAGAGUCAAUUUAAAACCUCUGUGAUGACUCAUGUACUUUGUGAAAUGCUCCUGCACACAUUUGCCAUUAAGCUCUUCCCUCAGAGCGCCCACACACUCUCAUUAACAUGAUCACACCUCACCUCUGGCUUCUACUCACACCUCUCUGGGAAAUGCACCUUUUUUCUUUUUUUUUUGCUUUCUUGCUGAGAGUUAGAUGACAGUAUGGAUGCCACACAUUCAUGUCAAUGCAGUAAAAAGGAAGCUAGAGCUAGUGUCUGGUUAGCUUAUCAUAGUAGGCUACAAAACUGGAAACUAACGUUAGCUAGCCUGGCUCUAUGUGACGGAAACAAAAUCCCCUCUAAAGCUCACUAAUUAACAGGUUUUAUCUAGUUUCUUUAAUCUAUUCAAAACAAAAAAUGACAUGGUUUUACAUGGGGUUAUGUGCAAGCCAAGGAGGCCAAGCUACUUGUUUCCCCUGUUUCCUGUGUGUGCAAUUUAUGCUAAGCAAGCUAGCAGGUGGGUAACGAAUACAGGACAUGCAAAAGCAUAGUAAGAGAGGAAAAAGAUGAGGCCUUUGGGAAUAUUGAGAUUUUCCUUGGACAAAAAAAACCUCUAUAUGACUAAAAUGACAAUAUAUUAACAACCAUCCACCAAGAAAUUAACUUACGUGGCCUCCACCAUUUUGAAUCAUUAGCAUGUACGUCACAGCUCAUGGACUCUGAGCUUGCAGAAAAUAUACUCUCCCAAAGAUUGUGAAUACCACAAGAGGGGAGCGAUGGACUUCUCUUGUGAACACAGCAAAACUCUUGGUAGGAAAAUUACUAUGACUAUUUCCCAAAAUGUCUAACUAUUGCUUUAGCAGGUCGAGGUAUAAUUUUCUACCACAGUUGUCACAUGUUCAUACAGAACCUCUGCACUUUCAUUCUGAAAAACCUUCCCGUCAAGACCUUUUUUUGUUCCUAUGGUGUUUUUAUGUGAGAGCGUGGAUGGUGAGAAGAAAAAAAAAAAA